CAGUUCAUUCUCAUUUUCUAAGCUUUCUUCUGUUUUUACAACGGGCCUGGCAAACCGCAGUCCGCCCCUUGCCGCCCGGCCGGAAAAACAGAAGUGGGAGGCGUCUUAAAACUGGUGAGAAACGGCAAUUUUGGCUCUUGAUGAAAGUGAUGGUCUCCAGGGAGCUCGGUGGAAUAACCUCAACGCUAAGGAGUCAUGAAGAGUGAAGGAUGGACAAACACUUUCCUGACAUGUUUGGCGUUAGUACAUGGGGUUAUGGCUCCAGCGACUUACCUUGUCAGACAUUUGGAUGAUACUGAAAACUACAAGAAACCAAUUUACAUCUCUCAUCAUCAAACCCCUGUUGUACGACGUCCCAUCAACGCGGAUUAUGACCACCAGGCUCAAGACCUGACUUCCGAGAUCAUAAGGGAAAUUUCGGAAAUUAGAAUACCACAGAGAGAUCUUCCAGCGCAGCUUCCCAACUAUGAAAGGAGCGAAGAGGAAGAAGAGGAUUUUGAAAGGGCUCCACCGGAUUUCGGCAUGGAUUCGAGCGAGAACAGCGAAUCGGCCAACGAGGGAUUUCCCGUAUUUCGAGACGAAGUGGAAAACGAUUCUUCCGGCUACAGGGAAAUUAUGGGCAAGUACAAAGUUACGGAGAAAAUACCAGAUGACAAUAAAUACAAACCACCGAGGGUGAAAGUCGUCCCUGUGCCACCUCCGUGUAAUCGUCCUCCUCCACCUACACCACAACCACCAAAACCUAAACCUACGUCAGAAUUAUGGUCUGACAAUAGUUUACGGCCCUUCAACCUUCAAGGAUCAUAUUCAAGUCGGCAUAAGAGCAAAAGCAAACCACGGAUAGUUGGUUACCAGCCAUACAUCAUCAGACGUAUUCAUCCGACCGACGGAGCGACGGGUUUAGUCAUCAGGCAUCACAUCCCGAUGCCCCGGCCUCCUCAUCCUCCACCGUUACCGCCGAUCGUUAAAGAAGUGCACAUCCACCAUCACCACGGACCAACGGACCCGGCGAAAAUAAAAAUGCCUGUUGCUGUUCACAUACUCAAAGACCCAAUGGAGUCAUCGUUGGAGGAAGAUGAUAAACUGGAUUUUGAUCUAGCUAAGCGCUAUAGGCCAAUGGCCUCCUCCAGCGCACUGAUACCUGUCAUUUCUCAUGGAAAUUUUGCAGAACCGCCUUCUUUAAGCUUUAUCUAAAUACGUUCUUUAAAACUUAUUAACAGUUAAUAUAAGUCGGUUAAACCAAAGAGAUCUAUAUAGUCAGGAAGUCCAUUUCCGAACAUCAGUUUAAUAAUAAGUCAAAAAAGUACAUAUUUUUCAACGAUAUCACAAUAAAAGCACGAACAUUUCAUUAUCCAUAAUUAAAUGUAGUUAAUCAUUAGUCCAUUAAUUAAAACUUGUUUUAUUGAUUUUCUUGACUUGUCUUCAAAAUAUUGUCUCAAAAUCGAGCAGGGUAACUAGACAUAAGAAUUAAAAAACAGACAUUUUUCUUAAAAAGUAACAUUUAUUUAUGAAAUUUGCAUGAUAUGAUUUGUAAAGCCGCCAUAAUAUCCAACCUGUGGGUAUUCAAAAUGGUAGACUCCAAGUCUGCCCUAACCUUGUCUAUAUCCGUACUUACCAUGUCUGAGACCAUAUCAACAUAUCCUAAUCGUGUAAAAUUCUUAAAUUAUAACCAAUUAGUUAGUAUUCAU